AUGGCAGACAUUUUCGAUUCAUUACUGAGUUUAGAGGAGGACUUCUAUCAAGAAGGAUAUGCUCUUGGGGUGAAGGAUGGAGAACAGGCGGGGAGAAUUGAGGGCCGUGCCUUUGGGCUGGAGAAGGGCUUUGAAAAAUUCCUGGAGCUAGGAAGACUUCAAGGCCGUUGUUCGGUCUGGAAAGCUAGGAUACCACCUCAAUCUACUGCUCCACCCGCCACUGUGGGUUAUGCAGGGAAGCCAAAUGAUAUUCAUAUAACAAACUCGCGCGUACAAAAGCAAACCGAGUCACUGGCUGUCAUUCUGACAAACCCGCCAUUCAAGAACGACGAAGAGUCGGUUGAAGAGGUCGACGAGACACUGAAACGAGGCAGGAACAAAGCAAAGGUUCUAUCCAACAUGCUAGGGGAGAAGGAUGAAAGUGGGAGCAUGAAGGUUGUCGUGGAUGAUGAGAGCAUUGAAGAUGCUGGGAGAGGUGCCCGAGGCGUAGGAAAGAUCUAA